AUGCGCAAUGGCGGAUUCCAGGAGGAAAACUAUAAAACCGCUGCUGCGGCAGAGGGAGUCAGAACUCGUGACAUAACGUCACGUCACCCCACCCGCAAGAGGAAACUUGAUACAAAUGAGGGAAAAUCAGUUAAAUCCCCUCCAGCGGGUGGGAAAUCGACUGCCGGUGGCCCAACAGCCACCGGAACCAAAUUGGCAGGCUCAAGUACUAUUUCUCUAAUACCAGUGCCCAGUAAUACGGUGACCCUGGAGCCUGCCAAUGCUGCACUAUAUGCCAUAUAUGCGAGAGGCCUUAUGAAACAAAGAGUGGCCUCAAUAAGCAUCUUUUAA